AGAGAUUUGCAGCGGGGUGCAAAGUACAAAGCGUAGUGUUGCCAUUCAAGAAAUUCCCAUAGUACAAUCCGAUCCAACAAUAAAUGAACAUACCUUUACCUUCCCUCCAUCUCAAGACACAUAAUUAAAAACCCUUAUUCCUGAGCCAGUUUAAUGUAACUCAUUUCUCAUCGAUCAGAUCGAAAUGCCACCAGCAUCAUCAGACUCUUCUCAAAAAACCCUUACAAAUUCUACAAGCAUUAUAAUCUUCCUCUUAAUCUUCUCUGGUCUCUGUAAUCUAUACCUUCUAAUCUCUACAAACAAAAUUCCAUCUCUUGAAACAGUACACCCACACAACAAAUCUCUAAUUUCAUUAUCACCAUCAUCUUCAUCACUUUCCACAGAUGAAAUCGUAUUUGGAAUCGCUUCGUCAUCAAAAACAUGGAUUAAACGAAGUAAUUUGAUUCGGUUAUGGUGGAAACCUAAUCAAUAUCGAGGUUAUGUAUUUCUUGAUCGUGAACUUGUUAAUAAAUCGUAUAAUCUUGAUAAUACUCUUCCUACGGUACAAAUAUCUGGAGAUACUUCGCGUUUUCCUUAUACAUUCAAAGGUGGUUUAAGAUCUGCUAUAAGGAUUGCACGUAUUGUUAAGGAGAUUACUGAUCUUAAUUUAACUGAUGUUAAGUGGUUUGUGUUUGGUGACGAUGAUACAGUUUUUUUUGUGGAUAAUUUGGUGAAAACGCUUUCGAAAUAUGAUUAUAAGAGAUGGUAUUAUGUUGGGAGUAGUUCAGAGAGUUAUGAACAGAAUGUUAAGUAUUCAUUUGAUAUGGCAUUUGGUGGUGGUGGUUUUGCUAUUAGUUAUUCACUUGCUAAGGUUUUGGCUAAGUGUUUCGAUUCUUGUUUGAUGAGGUAUCCACAUGUUUAUGGAAGUGAUGCUAGGGUAUUCUCUUGUGUAGCUGAGCUUGGUGUUGGCUUGACGCAUGAACCUGGAUUUCAUCAGGUUGAUCUGCGAGGGAAUCUGUUUGGAUUUCUCUCUUCGCAUCCAUUAGUACCUUUGGUAUCUCUUCAUCAUCUGGAUUACAUGGAUUCAAUCUUUCCCAACAUGAAUCGUAAUCAGGCGUUAGAACAUUUUUUUGAAGCUGUUAAUGUUGACCCAUAUAGAAUUCUGCAGCAUGUUGUUUGUUAUAACCGCUCAAAGUGGUGGACAAUUUCGAUUUCAUGGGGUUAUGCAAUUCAGGUACUUGAAGGCAAUCAACUUCUUCCUGAUCUCCUUGCUGUGCAAAGGACUUUUUCUCCAUGGAAGAGAGGUGGCAAUGCUAAUUCAGCUCCAUACAUGUUUAACACGAAGGAAUUUCCCAGAAAUCCAUGUGACAGACCUACUGUCUUUUUUUUGGAAAGUGUUUUUAAUGAAACUGAUGGGAUAAGCAGUAACUACAAACGAUUUUCGGAUGUAAGCUGCUCUCAGAAAGGUUCAUCAAACAAACUUGUACUGAUCAGAGUAUUCUCUCAGAAGCUUGAACUUAGCAUUGAAAAGUUGCAAGCACCGAGACGACAUUGCUGUGAUGUCUUACCUUCUUCUGAAGAAGGACUUGACAUUGGUAUCCGAGAAUGCAGAACUGAAGAGUUGAUCCAUAUGAAAUCCUAGUAAAAUUUUAGAGAUCCACCAUCUUUUUUCUUGAAUGCUUUCCUCGAGAAGGUGGGUGGAAAGCAAAUAAUUCCCAAGGAGUUUGAAUUUUUUAGAGCUCCCGUGACAAUGAUCAGGCCAAGUGUAGACAUCCUGGAAGGUGACUUAUUAAUCAAGAGCCCUGUUAAUAUCUCUAAGCAUUGGAUAUAUUGUUUUUAUCAUCUCCUAGUAUGUAAAAAGUGAGGAACUGCUACAGACGAAAAUUUUGUCAGAAUGUGAAAACUUGUCAAAUUGUAAUUCCACCCUAGUAGAAGAACAACUGGGUUAAGUUGGUUCAUGUAGCAGUUGAAGAACUAGUUAGGCUCUUUAAAUUGAGCAAGCAGAAACUGGUUUUAUGUUAUCA